UGGAGGAGAGCCGCGGCGCCGCGCGUGCCGAGCUGUCGGCGGCCGAGGCGCGCAGCAGCAACCUGCAAUCGCAGCUGGAGAGGCUCAAGGCCGAGCAGGCCGAGCACAACCGCUCGGCGCUGGAGGGCCAGGUGCAGCUGCGCAAGCUGCAGCGCAAGCUCACGCUCGUCACCAUGGAGCGCGACAGCUGCAAGCGCGUGCUGGACGCGUACGAGUCGGAGACGACCGAGUCGCUGACGGCCAUCGAGCGGCAGCGCGGCGGCGACCUGGAGCGCCAGCUGGACACGUACCGGCAGCAGGUGGACGCCCUGGAGCGGCAGCUGCAGGAGGCCGCCAGUAGCGGCCGGCUGGUGUUCGGCUCGGCCGACUCGGAGGCGCUGGCGCAGCUCUCGGCGGCGCGGGCCGAGCUGGAGCGGCUGCAGGAGCGCCUGGCUGCGCUGCAGCAGGAGAAGGAGGGCCUCGAGGCGCAGCUGGAGGAGCGCGCGCUGCGCGGCGACUACAACCCGGCCACGACGCGCUUGGAGCGGCUGCAGCGCGAGAAUGCCGAGCUUCGCGGCCGGCUGGCCGACGGUGGCGCCGCCGCCGGCCAGCUCGCCAACCAGGAGGCGACCACUCAGAUCAGGGCGCUGCGCAGUCAGCUCCGCGCCUCUGAGCUGCGCAUGCGCCGCCUGAAGGACGUGUUCGGCCGCAGCACGCAGGAGUACCGCCAGGCUGUGUGCCAGCUGACCGGCUACAAGAUCAACGCCGACGGGCAGCAGCUGAAGCUGCGCAGCGUGUACGCGCCCAACCACGACCAGACCCUGCUCUUCAACCGAGACGCGGGAGACAGUCUGCAGCUGCUGGAGACGGACUUCUCGGCGGCGCUGUCCGACCUGGUGGAGGAGCACCUGUACCGGCAGGACUCGAUGCCCGGCUUCCUGGCGGCGCUCACGCUGCGCCUGCUCCGGGAGGGUCCGCCCGCCCCCGCCCCCGCCCGCGCCGCCGCCCCCGCCUCCGCCGCCGCCGCAGACGACGACAGUGAGCCGGAGAUAGUGGAGCUAGACUGAGGGGCGUGCUGCAGCUGCGGGGCUCACCAGGCGGCGUGCCGGGGCCUCUUCUCUCAACGGGCUGUGGUGGUGUGGCCGCGUUCAGCCCUGCAUUGCGUCGCAUGACAGCGGCGCGCCGGCCAGCCGAUGGCAGAAGUCUGGAUCGUGUUGUGUCCUGAUCAACUCCAUGCGUUUUUGAUAUUCAGCGGUGUUGUGCAGAA